AUGUUGGGUAUCGACAAACGUUAUAUUUUUGGCGUUUUGCCUUUGCUUGGUUUUGCUAUUGGCCACUAUUUGGAUUUAAAGGAAACCGAACGUAUGACCAUGUUCAGAGACAAGAGUGCUUUGUAUGGUCGUCCUGAGGGCAGACAACAGCCAUCAUGGUAAUCAUAAUAAAGGUGGAAAAGCAAAACUAUCCGUUUAAGAUGUAAAAAAAAACUUAUGUUUAUUUUUAAUUUUUAAAAAUAUAUCGAUAGAGAACGAUA